AUGAUUUCUAAUGAAGGAAUAGUAAAAAAUGAUGUUUGUGCUUUGAAAGAUAUAGGAAGCGAGAUGCGUAACAUUCCCGUCAAUAUGGAUGAAUCUGAAGCUGUUAUAGAGUUCUUAAUUAAUACACAGCAUGAGCAGACUGCUAUACUAACGUGUAAAGGCCAGAAAGGGAAAAUGACCAUCAUAGAAAUAUCCAGUCAACCUUCAUUACGCGAUGAAUCAGUUGAAGAAGAUGCAAGUCUCAUUGUAAUUUGUAAUAAAGGUCAAUGGUUCUCAGAAGAUGGACUCAAAGUCAUGAACAUCAAUUGCUAUCACAUAAAUUCAUAUCUUGAACAAUUUGAAUAA